AUGAAGCCGCGCAAAAAACCCGAAAAAAACGCCCCCAACCCGUUCGAAAUCCACAUCAACAAGCAAAAAAUGACCGUCCUGGGCCAGAAAAACAAAAACGAUCGGGGGCUGCCGGGAGUCUCACGCGCGAAAGCGCUCAAAAAACGCAAAGAAACCCUCCUUCAGGAGUACAAACUGCAAAACAAAUCGAACAAGUUUACGGACCGGAGGAUCGGCGAGCGGAGCCGCGACCUGACCUCUGAAGACAAGCUGAUGGCCCGGUUCACCGCCCUUCGGAAAAAAGCGCACAAAAAGUCGAUUUUUAACCUGGCCGACGACGAAGUUCUGACCCACAAGGGGCAAACUCUUGCCGAAAUAGAGAAAUUCGACGACCCGAGGUCGGAUAACGAGGACUCGGAUGAGGACAAGUCGGGUAAGCUGGACUCAGCGUUUGUGGGGGACGCGCACUUCGGGGGCGGCGUUUUGCGCAAAACGGGCAAAGAAGGGGCGAAGACGCACCGAGAACUGAUCGACGAGUUGAUUGCCGAGUCGAAGAAACGCAAAGCUGAGAAGCAACGCACCAAGGAGGCGACGCUCGAGCUCACUGAGAAAUUGGACACGGAGUGGAAGGACUUGCUGCCGCUGGUGAGCAGGGCCCAGAAGGGGGAGCCCGACAAGGGGGCCGUCGACGACUACGAUAAGGUCAUGCGUGAGUUGAGGUUUGAGGCGCGCGGGACGGUCUCCGACCGGUUGAAGAGUGAGGACGAGGUGGCUCAGGAGGAAAAACAGCGGUUGGAGGAGUUGGAGGAGAAGCGGCGGGAGCGAAUGCGGGGGUUUGAGCCCAAGACUCAGAAGCACCGCAGUGCUGACGAUUUAGACGAUGAUGUUUACGAGGCGGAUCCUGAGUACAUGCUCAGCUACAACACGGAGGGGGAGGCAAAUGUGGAAAUUGGGGCUGAGAUAAACGGGAAAACUGUUGGUGGGGAAGAAAGUGACGAAGAAGAAGAGUGUGAAGAAGAGGAGGAAGAACAGUCCGAUGAUGAUUUGGCCGAUCUUAAGGCCGAAACGAGCGACGAAAGUGACGAGGAAACCGAAGCCAAGGCCACAAAGACUGAUGUUGUUGCAAAAACCGACGAAACGUCGGCCGACCUGCCGUUCACGUUCGCACUGCCUGACUCCUACGAGGCCCUCCAGCAACUCCUCGACGACAAAUCGAGUCGCCAACAAGCCACGAUUCUUGAAAGAAUGGUCAAGUGCAAUCACCCAAGUCUCGCCGAAAAAAACAAAAACGGACUUGGCACACUGUUUGUCUAUUUAUUGCAGUAUUUGAACGAUUGUGCGUCGGAAAAAAGCGCUGCCCGUUUGUUCGAAAUUUACAAAAGUUUGGCUCCGCACAUUUUUGAUUUGGCUCAGCUAAAUAAAGAAAAUACCCACAGUUCGAUGCUUGAAGUGAUUAAGGAAAAACACGACGAGUUUAAAAAACGACCGAAGGAUUUUCCCGGCUUGGAGUUGUUGGUUUUUUUCAAGCUGGUCAGUUUGUUGUUCACAACGUCCGAUUUUCGGCAUCAGGUUGUGACCCCGUGUUUUGUUUUUAUUGAACAAAUUUUGAAUAAGUGUAAAAUAAAAAGUGGCAAAGAUAUCGCGUACGGGAUUUUUUUAGUGACUUUGGUUCUAGAGUAUACUUCACUAUCGAAGCGGGUUUUACCGACUGCGAUUAAUUAUCUCGGAGGGAUCUUGCAUAUGGCGAUCCCCAAGUGUGGGGUGAAACUAAUCAAAGUCAAUCCUCCCUUCAAGCCCACGACAAGUUCUCUAGUUCUUGUUGAAAAGUCUUGCGAGGAUUGUGAUUUCAAAAUGGAAGCUUCUGAUUUAGAAAGGGACGAAAUUAACGAUUCUUUCAAAAUCAGAGCAAUUUAUACUGUUUUAAGGCUAGUUCAAGACUUUGACAAUAAUCUAGUUUCUCUGCCCUCAAAUGUUGAGAUUUUUAACGAUAUUCGAGCGUAUUUGGAGUUACUACCGACGCGAAAUUACCCGAAAAAGGUCGCCGAUUUGUUUGAAAGCGUUUCACAACAAUUAAAAAAUCGCAAAGUUGAGCGAAAAUUAGAAUACAUUGUUUUGGCAGCAAAACGACCGAAAGCGCUACGCUUAUAUGAACCUAAAAUUGUGGAAGUAUUUGAUGGUAAAAAACGUAAAAUUCAAUCAAGGGAAAAAGCCGAGCGUGACAAAUUGUUACAUAAACUUAAGAAAGAAACGAAGGGUGCAUUGCGUGAAAUACGGAGAGAUAAGGCGUUUCUGGGACGUGUCAAAAUUCAUCAACGCAUACAAAGUGAUAAUGAGCGCAAGGAAAAAGUUAAACGAAUUUAUGCCGAAGCUUCGAUCCAGCAAAGCGAAUUGAACAGUUUAGACAGGAAGAAGAAACGCAAGUGAGGCUUUUAGCCCCCUUUAGAAUUUUGUAAAUAAAAGUAUUGUUUUUUAAAGUGAGUUUUUAUUUCGUUUAAACAAUAAAAAUUACUAUAUAUA